AUGUUCUUGUUACGAGAUUUUGGAAGUGAUGUUGAUCGAACGAUAGCGAAAUAUCUUGGAAAGUUGGCAACACGUCUUUAUAUCAUUUUAUUUAUUAUUGGUCUUGGUAUUCUCACCUUAUAUACUAUUGUUCGACCUCAAACUAUGACAAAAACUUUUGAUAAACCAUCUUUUCAUUUGUACAAUCAACUUAAACAAGAAUAUGUAGAUAGAUUAAAAUGUUCAUGUUCAGUAAUUGCAUCCAAAUACAAACAAUUUGUUCAUAUUGAAGCAAUAUUUCAUCAAAUUUGUACAAGUUCAUUCACUUCGGAUCAAUGGCUAAUCAAUAUUACAAGUGGUCUUGUUCCUGAUCUUACUGUUUAUGAACAGAGAGAUUAUCGUCGUUUUCUUUCUGCUCAUUUACAAUAUCUUCAAGGAUUAUGUCAAUUUUCCAUUCUGUCAGUGAACAAUUCAAUUGAACAAUUUCUGACGUCACUUUUCAUUACUUCGGAACUUUUAUCAGAAAAAGAUUUUCAUGCACGUCUUCAUUUAUUGAUUGAACAGAGUAAAUCAAGUGCGCCGAAAACAUCCGCUCAUCUUUUGUUUUUAAUUCGGAGUAUCAAUCAUGCAAAUGCUAUGGUAUCGACUUAUGGAACAAAUUUUGAAUAUAUUUCGACUUGGUUUUGGACCAAUGACUACUAUCCUUAUAUACCUAAUCAAGCGAUAAUCUAUGAUAAUGAAUGUUCUUGUGGAUUAUAUCCAAAUUGUACUACUCAAGCAAAUUUUAUUGAAAGCAAUUCUUCUAUAAUUUCAAUAAAAGGCUUGAAAAUGGGUUGUACACCAAGUGAAUCAUUACGUUCUUCAACUCUUGAAUGUUUCUAUGAUCAAUCAUGUAUUAAUCUAAUUCAACGAUAUACCAAUUCAACAAAUCAAAUUAUUCCUCUUUCGAUGAAUAUGAGUCGAUUCUCAAUCGAUACUACUGUAGCUGAACUUAUCAAUGAUUUAUUUGUUGAACAAUGGGCAACAACAAUAAAUUAUUCAUCCUAUUUUGAACAAUGUUUACCUUUAUUAUGUUCAUAUACUUACAUUCAACAAUUCAACAUACUCUAUAUAAUAACUAUUUUACUUGGUCUUCAAGGUGGUCUGACAAUUGUUCUUGAAUGGAUUUCUCCGAAAUUAGCUCAUAUUAUAGCAAAAGUACAUAAAAAUCGAAAGAAACGAUUAAAUGUUAUUGACCAAUCACGUUCUCUUAACAUGACAACUAUUGAAAUUGAUAAUAUAAAUGUUAACAAUUCUGUUUCGAAUGUAGAGACAUUGCCCACAAGUGUAUUAUCUGAGAUAACGUUGCACUCAUCACGUCGAUGGUAUUUCAAGAUUGUUUUAACAUCUUUAAUGUUAUUGUUUAUAAUAAUGGCUCUUAUCCAAUUUUCCAUUUAUGUUGCUCAACUGGGAAAGAAUGAAGUUAUUGUAACAACAUUCUCGACAACUAUGACAGUCAGUAUUAUCAACAAUACAACAAUAGCAAGCACGACAACAACAACAAUUACGAUAACAACUACACACUUACCAGCUUGUCAAUUACAGUUCCAAGCAACAACUAGAUAUAGAAGUAAUUCCACUUCUGGUCUUAAAUCACCCGUUGCCGGUGAUUUUAAUGGUGACAAUCUACUCGAUGUUGCCUUUUUCAAUUACUACACCAAUAGUAUGCAUGUACUGAUUGGAGAUGGUAAGGGAAAUUAUACCGCAGAGAAGAAGACUUUGGUAGGAUCAUUCAACAGUUGGAGUUUUAUUAUUAUUACGGCUGAUUUUAAUAAAGACAAACAACUUGAUCUUGCUUUUACCAGUGAAAAUAAAGCCUAUGUGUAUCUACUGUUCGGACAUGGUAAUGGGACAUUUCGACCAGUAGUAUCAAUCUUCUUGGGAAACAAAACUAACGCGAGAGGAAUUGUUGCUUUUGAUUUCAAUGGUGACAAUCACUUAGAUAUUGCUGUCGCCCAUCCAUCGAAUAGUAUUAUUAUUGUAUUGUUAGGAAAUAAUAACGGAUCAUUUUCAACACGGACAACAUAUUAUACAGGACGUAAUGGUAAUCCAUCGUCAGUUGCCAUCACUGACUUUAAUGGUGAUGGUUACCAAGACAUUGUUUAUAAUAAUAUUAUGUCCAGAAAUAUCGGCGUUUUACUUGGACGUGGUGAUGGAAAUUUUGAACAACAAAAGACAUCUUUCACUGGUGGUUUCUAUUAUUCAUCUUUUAUUGCUGUUGGCGAUUUCAAUAGUGAUAAUCGACCCGAUGUCGUUACCUCGUACAAUGCUGGAAAUAGUUUGGGUGUUCUUUUAGGCUAUGGUAACGGAAUUAUGGGCCCAGUAGCGAAGUUCCGAGUGGGAAAUAGAACAAAUUACCCAAGAAUUGCUGUUGGUGAUUUUAACAAUGAUGGUCAUUCGGACAUUGUUGUUAAUUCCAUCUUACGCUCCGUUAUAUAUAUUCUAGUUGGAUAUGGAGAUGGAAACUUUGAAGUGCAAAUGAUAUUUUAUACAGGAUUUGCUGGUACUUAUACUUGGGUUGAUGUUGCUGAUUUUAAUAAUGAUGGUUGUCAAGAUAUACUCGCUUCGGAUGAUACAAGAGGUGCUGUAUUUAUUCUUUUGAAUAGCUGUAAAUGUCAAUCAAAUCAAACCGUCGAGAUAAGCACCUCGAUGCAUCCUUGA